CGGCAGGCAGCGCCACGCCUCUUGAUUGGUCAGGCCCCCGUCACGUAGCCGCACCUCCCCACUUUCGCCACGCCGCCCUGGGCCGGCGCGUGGGGCGAGCCCCUCUGACGUGAUGCCGCCCGGCCGGGAGAAGCGUUAGUGGGGGGAGGGGGCCGUGCGCGCGUGCGUAAGCGCGGGGCGGCGCGCGCGCGCGCGGCGGGCGGAGCGGGGCGGCAGCGGGACAUGGCGGAGAGCGGCGCCUGGCUGCUGGUGCUGAGCUCGGUGUUCCUCUGCAACGCGCUCAAGAUCCUCCUGCCCUCCUGCUCCUCCAUCAUAUCCAGACUGUUGCAAAAGGAUGCAGAGCAGGAAUCUCAAAUGAGAGCUGAAAUUCAGAACAUGAAGCAAGAACUCUCAACCAUUAGUAUGAUGGAUGAGUUUGCUAGAUAUGCCCGUCUGGAAAGAAAGAUUAACAAAAUGACUGACAAGCUUAAAACUCAUGUAAAAGCACGAACUGCUCAAUUAGCCAAAAUAAAGUGGGUUAUAAAUAUUGUAUUCUACAUCUUACAAAUCAAAAAGAAACAGCAAGAAGUAGUGGGCUUUUUAGAGGCCAACAAGAUCGACUUUCAGGAGAUGGACAUAGCAGGAGAUGAGGACAACAGGAAAUGGAUGAGAGAGAAUGUCCCAGGUGAAAAAAAGCCUCAGAAUGGAAUUCCUCUCCCUCCCCAGAUCUUCAAUGAGGAGCAGUACUGUGGGGACUUUGAAUCUUUUUUCUCUGCUAAAGAAGAAAAUAUUAUUUAUUCGUUCCUGGGUCUUGCUCCUCCUCCAGGCGCAGAGGAGACUGAAAAGUCUGAUGCCACUGAAGUAGAUGAGGCACAUGCAGAAGCCAAAGCAGAUGAAGGGGCUCAGUCACCAUCAGAAGAUCAACAGGAAGGCAAGGAGGAACAUGCAGCAGCAGGGGAAGAAGAAGAAGAAAAGCAGGAAGAGGGAGAAGAAAAGGAAGAGGUGGAGGAGACAGAGGAGCAAGAAAAGUCUUAGUACACUCUCUUAUGACACAUUCUUUCUUGAAAAGGUUUUCAGAAAGCACAAGCUGGAGCAGUACCACCAGAGAAAAUAAAAUCACCCUCUCAAAUAAACUGUCAUUGUCUUUCAUGCCUGCACAUGUAUAAGGAUUUAAAUAUAGCAGAACAAAGACACCAUUCAGUCCUACCUUUGGCCUUUAUAUAUAUAUUUGGUAUUACAAUUGCUUGUUAAACUGGGUCCUCUUCUAUCUGACUGAUAAUAUUUCAGUUGAUUGUUAUUUGUUGGAAUAGUAUUGUCCAUGUCAAAUUUUAGAUUGUAAGCUCCUCAGGGCAGGAACCAUGUCUUUCUCCUUGUUUGUAUACUGCCAAGCACGUUGCUGCCACUCAGCAUAUAACUGCACUUUCAUAGUGAAGUUGUAUUCAGUGAAAAAGAAAUUCAGCACUGAAAACUGCAAAGAUGCUUCCUGUAUACAAGUUUUGUGAGUUAAUUCUCCCUCAGCUGGCUUUUGAAAGUUAUUGAGAUU